GCGAGUCCUUAACAACGAGGGAGGAGAGCGGGUGGGUUCUACGCAUGCGCACUUCGCCCCUCGACUGGCAGCAGGGGCUUCGGGACAUCUCAUUUUGGGCUAUGGAGAAAGAGGAGAACAACGUUCCUCCUAUUACAACAACUCCUCCACAUUUUGGACAGAAGGAAGAACUAUUGAGCCAAAGCAGCAGUGGAACCCAUAUUUCUAAUGCCAGCGGCUUCUCUUUGGGAGAAGUGAUCCGACGUAGAUCUUCUGCUAAUCGGGAGACAGAAGAAUGGUACCAACCUUGCACAGAAGUGGAUGCCAGCAAUCUGAUUGUGUCCGUAGGAUGGAGGCUGGGCCAGACCCCUGGAGCUCGUGACUUGACAGAAUUCCCAACAAUGGAGGAAGGCUUGGUUACUCCCUCGGAGAUGUUCAGAAGGCAACACGUACCUAAUGUGACACAAACUCCACUCCUAGAAAUUCAGGACAGUUGCCUCUCCCCAAGAUUCCCACUCCUGGCGACAUAUUCAACUCAGGGCCAAACGUUCUUCAACGAGACCAUCUUCCAACCAACAGAAAUGGAUUUUGCUGUUUUGAGAGGAAUUCCAGAUGUUUCCAAUGCUGUUUCUGAGGAGCCUUCCAGAUGUCUGCCGAUGAGAGAGGCUGUGCGACUGGCAGCCAUGGAUAUUGGCUCAGAUCCUUCCAUUGAUGGCCUCUCUUUGACUCAGCACCCAUUGACUAUGAGCUCUGUCGCACCUUACAAUACCAGUCUGUCCCAGCAUCCCCUUUCUCUUUCUGGGAACAUGCCUAUAGAGCAGAGGAAUGCCUAUAGUACAGAUGAAUCACUUCCGCUCCAAAAGGAUUGUAAAACCUUUGGCUCCAAGGAUGAGAUUUCUAGAGUUUUCUUUUCACCAAAGAUUCCAAACCAGCAGUUGGCAACUGCUCUUACUCCAGCUGAAACUUGUGGCAUUUUCCGAGGCCAGGAUCCCUUCCUUUUGGAGAGCACUGUGCCAGCACCUGUCCUGGAAAAAGAUGUGGGAUUGUCCAAGCAGCAUGGAUCUUCAGAGAGGUCUUCUGGUGAAAGUGUUGUGGAAAAGGAUCCAGAAAAAAAUGAAAUGAGUCAGGUGAUGAAGGAUGUUGUUUUGAUAGAGAGGGAGCCAGAAACAUUUGUAGAACCACAUCAGCCAGGAGGAACCAUUUCUGAGCUUGACCUAAUGAUAGAUUCAGAAGGAAAGCCUGUUAGACGUGCUGGUGGUGCAGAAAAAGUAUCAGCAAACAUCCCAGAGGCAUUGGUUUCCAUUGGGGGUCUCAGGGUGGGUUUGGGGGACUCUUGCAGCAAUGUUGGGGUAUCCUCAAGACCUCUGCAGAGUACGCCGCAAAUGCAGCAAGUCUCUGAAUUAGAACAAAAAAGGAAGCUUGUUCCUCUCCAGCCAGUCACUGUGGCUGCAGAAUAUAGCAAUACAGGUAAUAAGCAGUCAAAGUCGAUGAUGAAAACUCAGAAAGGAGCAGGACUUGAUGCCCCUGUUCCACUCCAGCCAGUCACUGUGCCUGCAGAAUAUUGCAAUACAGGUAACAAGCAGACAAAGUCAAUGACGAAAACUCAGAAGGGAGCAAGUAAGAAUGAACCAACUCUCUUAGAUUUCACCAUAGAGAGAGAGCACAAGGAUACUGGAAUUUCACCUUCUUUUAAUGAGGGGUCAUUUUUUGGACAUCUGGCUCAUCCAGUUCAUCAUUCCACCCCAGGACUUUUUGCGACUCGAAAGCUGGAAGCUUCUGUGACAGCCACACCUUUCCCCUCAUCUCCUCUUUCUUGCUUACAUGAGGAGAUUUCUAAGAAUCCUUCUGGCAAUAUGCAUGUUUCUUCUGUGGAAGAGCCCCGUGUACGUUCUGUGAAUGACACCUGUGUGCCUUUUCCUGAAAAGCCUCUGACACUCCAAAGUGAGCAAGAGAAAAAAAAUGAAAACAUUGGUGACUUCCAAGGUCAGCGUCCUCUAAAAGGCAGGAUUAAGUCUCUACCUUCUCUUAAUUACAUGGAGAAAGUAGGGGCCUGGAACAUGAGCCAGUCAGCUGAGAAAAUGUCAGAUGCUUUGGCUGUACAUGGCCCAGGAGGCAUCUCCCCUCGACAGAAGGCCUUCAGUGCCAUUGCAGAUUCCUUAAAUAGCAUCUUGUUGAAGCACCAGAGCCAGGUUGAUCUCAAGCCAGGGUCAGCGGCAUCCCUUUGUGAACCUAAGUCCACGGCUUAUGAUAAAAAGUCACCUCAUGCUUUACCACUUACUAGGUCCCAGUCUGAAAACUCUGUGAGUCUAAUCAGCAGAGAAAUGCCUAAGACUAAAGUAGGGCAUGAAAAAAUCCAGGGCUGUGAUCUUCCAUCCCGAGAAGACAAGGGCCAGGUAUCAGAAGAUGCAGAGGUUAAGCAAAGCAUCGCCAACAAAAAUGACGUAGAAACUCUACUUCUCCAGCCUCUCACAGCAGCUUUAGUCUCCGCUGUGUCCAGUGAUGAAGAAGCAGUUGAACUCAUUGCCAGUGGAAAGGGCUCUAGUCCAGAUAAUUUUAUUACUAGUGAAAGGGUUGCAGAACUCCUGAGAGAGGAAAGCCGUUCUUUUCAUGGUUGCCAAGAAAAGCCUGGUGGCUCUCCAGAUACUACUCAGGAGUUGCCGGGCUUUCAUCUUUCUGCCAACCGGAUUACCAUGGACCAUUUUACAGAUGUUUCACCAGACAGCUUAAAUCAGCUAUCUAGUUCUGGGGCAGGCAGCUGUCUUGACUUGAGGCUUUCUUCAGGACCAUCUUCAAGACGGUCUUCAGCUAUUUCUGGGAAGUUGCAAAGCAGUCUGGAAGACAUACUACAAACUCCAGUUGACAGAGAGAUGAAUAUAGAAGAGAGAAUACCAGUAUACCUCCAUAACCUUGGCAUUGAUCAGUCACCUUCAUCCAUAUUGACUCCAUUCAUGCCUCGAGGGCCAAUCAGAGAAAUUGAAUUGUCUCCAACUGAGCUCAGGACGCUGAAGGCAUCCACUGAUUUGUUAACGCAUCACGUGCAGGGAUCGGAAGGAGGCCGUCACUCCGUGAUUAAUGCUAUGCAGUCAAGCUUUGACUCUUCCAUUUUUAGUGGGACAGUUCCAGCAGGAUCACAAACUGGCCCUGGUAGUCCACUGCCCACGGCGCUUCGGUCACAGUCUUCUGUCUGCCAUCAGUUCCAGCUUCCUGCUUCCCCAACACCAGGGUCAGAGGGCACAUCUGAAUCCCCAGUUGCUCCGCAGUCAGCAGAACGGAGUCAAGUAACCCCAGAAGUCCCCUCUGAUUCUCAUUCUAAAGAGCAAAAAAAGCCAGAAUGUGUACAGGCACUGACUGACAGAAUUAAUGUAGAAGAGCUUGCAGUAUGUAAAGCGAAACCAUUUCCUAACUCUGAGGCUCAAGAAAAUAUUGAAAAGGGUAUGAAUAAGGAAAGCACUUCUUUGCAUGUCAUUUCCGAAGAAGAAAGAGAGGAUUCCUUAAUAGGAUCGAAAACACUGAAGGAAAUUGAGAAACUUCUGGCAGAGACAGCAAGCAGAACUUCAGGUAGAAAUGUUAAUGCCGGCUCCCCAUUUUGCUCUUCUGCAGAACUCGAUUGCUCAUUGGAAGAAAUGAAAAGCAUCAGUGGCUCUGGAAAUUUUGGACCAGUCACAGGGGCUAGUGCAGGUUUCCAGAGAGUGUGGUCCUGGGAUGAGACGCUCAGCAGACAACAUGUUCAAGAUGGCCAUCUGCACGCCAAAGCCCUCAGCCUCACUGGUAGCUUGAAAUGGGAAGGCUUGCUUGCUGGAGAUUUUUGCAGCAAGGGGGAAGCUGUGCCAGAAAAAACGAGGCCAACAGGCAAAGCAUGCAUUGAGGAGGUCAGGAAAGUGAAGCCUGUGGGACGGUCUGAGCCAGAAGGUUGCAACAGUGUAGUGUCAAAUAAAAGCCUCCCUGUUUCUGGAAAUGGUGCUGCAAAGAGCGGCUUGGGUAGCCCCAGAGAUCUCAAAGAACUCCAGGCUACUUUUACUGUAAAGCCUUUGAAUGUGCUAGAAAACGUUCAGCAAAUUUUGGAGAAAACCAAAGGAGGAGGCAGCAGUAAAGAGAUGGGUAGCAGCCAUGAAAGUGAAAACAGCAGCAGCGUGGACUCACUGGGUAUCAGAGUGAAACAUCUUCUGCAAUAUGAACGUCCUGUCCCACAGAAAUCAUGCUGGUUAAAUGAGCAGGAGCCCAUUGGAGGUGGUCCGAAACAUGGCUCACUUGGGGCUAGUUUAGCUGGCAGCAAAGGGAACCCCAAGGCUUCUCAGAGCGACAAUAGCAGCAGCAGCUUGGACUCUUUGGCUGUCCGCGUCAGAAGCCUUUUGGAAGAGGAACGUCCCGUGAUGCACGCCAUUGAGAUCCUACAGAGUGCGGAAGAAGAAGAAGCAAAAGUCCAUGCCUGGGUGAAGCUGAAGCGGGCGGCUCAACCUCCAUACUCCGUGCCUGAGUUAAAUGAAGAGGAUCGACGGAUGAUAGAACAAAUCAAGAGAGAGCAGAGUCUGAAAGCCCAAGGACACAAGCAGGGCCCACUGUGGAGAAAUGAAAGGAUUUCUAGCUCAGAUCCUGUUUUAAAGGCCAACUCAGAACUCUCAAAACUUCCAGGUGGCACUGAGCUACAAAAGGCCACCCAUACACAUAAUUUCCAACUAACUGAAUUUCCAGAGGUGAAUACAGCUUUGUCUGGGCCAAGGCAUGGAACCAGCUGUGCCCUUCAAAACGAUCUAGUGGCAGAGUCUUCAAGCAGAAUGCAAAGCCAUGUCCCCAACCAGCUUCAGAUCCACUCAGAUAAUUCCUUGGAUUCCAAACACAUUGUCCAUUUUCCCAUUGGUAGUGCCAUUGACACAGAUCUGAUGGAGUUGACCAGUGACUCCAGAGCACUUGCAGGACAUGGAGUGAAAACAUCAACCCAGGCUAAGCUGAUGGUCAACAACUCUUCCACAGAACCUGCCAAGCAAAUUACCUCUAUCACAUUUGCAUCUCGCAAGAGGUCAUAUUCCCCUUCUGCUUCCUGCUCUGGCCUUCAAACACCCACCACGCCUUCUGUUUCUGCACUUUUGCGUAGCCAACCUGUUAAUAACGAAUGGUUGACCCCUGAUAGGCUGCAGCAAGAACCUUUAAAACCUGGUGCAUCAGCAGGUGUCACACCUAUUCAGGUGCCAGAUCAGAGUGUUGGGUUUUCCUUAGGCAGAGGGGGCCAUCAAGGCGCAUCCAUCAUUGGCAUCAAAGAUGAAUCUCGUCAAGAAGAGAACAGUGCCUCGGUAGGAAAAUCUCAAGCCGAUUGUAUUGUGCAAAAGAUCCACUACAAGGAAGCUCAGCCUUCUUCCCAAAUAUUUACUGAGCCGAGAUCUGGCAGACUUGUAGGUGAUGUUUGUGAUCACAAACCUAACCCCAAAGGAAUGGUGGAUGAUUUAUCCUACUCCACAAAUAUCCCUCAACAGAAGGUAGAUGAUGCUAGCCCCCAAAGUAGGUUUGCAGAUGGAACAGGAAGCUUUUCUCAUGCCUCUGAGCCUAAAGGCACGUUAAUAAAAGAUAAUAAAUUCACCUUUGAUUCACAUUUAAGUAGGGCUGAAGACAGGGAUGUAAGAAGCAGCAGUCCAUUACCAUCUCCUUCAGGCCACAAAGCAGUGGUCAUGCCAGGAUCGCCUCCAUCCCAGACCAGGAAAGCCCUAUCUGGUGUUCACAUUACUAUAUCUCCAAAGCGUGUUGAUAUGGAUCAUCCAUUUCGUUUGGACUCUGGGGCUGAAACGAGACAAGUUGAAAGAGUUAAGAGCAAUCUUCAUCCAGCAACUGUAAAUGUUCCAGCUAGUUCAUUAGAAGCUACCUCUAAGUCAGAAUCCACAGACCUUUCCCAAAAGACUCAGAAGUCUUCGUACUUCCCACUAUUACCAGUUUCUCAGGUUAAGUACCCCUCUGUCCAAGUUGAGACAGAACUAGCCCCACGCCAAACUCAAGAACUUUUGGGAAGUAGGCAGAAUGUUCCAACUGCAGACCAAAGCAGUGCUAGAAGUCCUAGAUCCAGUGGGCAGAGUCUGGAAGAGAGCGCAAAGACCACGGCUGCUUCUCAGACUGAAAGGAUGUCAUCAGACGCCAUCACUCAGAUAACCACAGAAAGCCCCGAAAAGACAACCUAUUCGGCAGAGAUAUUUGUCAGAGCUGACAGCAAUGAGAUGGAUGCUCCAAGACACCUUCCUCAGAAGAGACUUGAAUUCCUAAGCACCACAACUGCGGAUGUCAACCAGAGAUCCAUUCUGAGCCGACAGUCUGAUCCGCCGCUUUUGGUGCCUUACAAGCCGCCAGGAAGUUCAGAAAUGUACUAUGUCCCCUGUUCGAAGGAAGCACUCGGGUUGUCUCGGAUCAGGUCAGAGACUACGGUGGAGAGCUCCCAUUCAGGAUCGAAUGAUGCCAUCCCUCCCAAAUUCCCAGCGCAGGUGCUUGGCUCAAGGGAAGAAAACCCUCCAGAUGCUGUAGCUAUCAAACAUAAAGAGGGGAUCUAUAGUAAAAGGCCUGUGGCCAAGGAUGCAUGGACAGAAGAGAAAAUGUCAACACAGGAAGAAGUCAAAGAUAGUGCCAGAACCAGAGCCCCCAUAGAAUCUGUCAAAACUACCCAUUCAGUCUUCAGGCCUGGUGAGUUUUACCUGCACCAACCAGCGCCUCUUCAGCAUGAAAUUGACUUUCUUUCUGGAAGUGAGGCUUUGAGGCAGUACUCGGCACCAGAGCACCCAGCCACGUCUUCCAAAGACUUUUUCCAGCACAAGGGAACGUCCGAGAGAAGCCAAGCCCCUCUCUCGCUGCAUCAUCGGAAAGGAGAUGAGAGGUUUUCUCCACUGACAGCUGAAAUAGACUACAGUUUUGUUGAGGAAUUACCAUUCAGCAAGGAUUCUGAAACAGACUCACCAAGGAAAGAGGCAGGUCAACCAGAUAGUAGGAAAACAGGUCAUGAAGUGGUGAAAGAGCCUGUUUUUCCAGGCCACCAAAGGAUUGGCUUAAAGGAGAACCUGGUGGUUGAUCACCCAGUGAGGAGAGACACACAUUUUACGGGAGGCUUAGAUGAACUCUGGACUAAAUACUUAGACCGCCAGAAGCAGCGGCAUCCGCUACAACACUGUCCUGAUAUCAGCAGCAGCAGAAAUGAGCUGUCUCUGGUAGAGCGACUUGAUCGAUUAGCCAGACUCCUGCAAAACCCUGUUAGGCACUCACUUCUGGUGCCUGCCAAAAAUGAGAGAAGCCACUUCCAAGAAGAGGCAAAAGGAAAAGAGCCAAAGAAAAUGAGCUCCCAAGGGAGAGUAGCAUACAAAAGCAACUUGGCACCCCAUAGCACCGUAGAAGAGAGCUCAGAUGUUGUCAAUGCCGCACAGUUACCAAAAUCGAGGCCCCAUAAAGUUGGAGCUGCCAAAGAGGUUGGCCUCAUGGAUGUAAACAACAAAGAGUGCCAGGACUCUGAGACUCUGAGUGAAGACUCUUCAGAGAUGAGGCCGGUCAAAGGAUCCAGUGUGUUCAGCGACAACACCUCCGAAUCGGGGGUGACACAGCUGGAGACAGAAAGUGGCUCUCGGACGGAGGCGAGUGGCUCCAUCUCCACCAUUGACACAGCCAGGCUGAUCCGAGCUUUUGGGCAGGACCGAGUGCACAUCUCCCCCAAACUGUCUCAGCUGUACAGCAUCAUCAGCUUUCAGAAGACUCGCUCUGAGAAGAGGGCCAAGGGAAGCAGGAAAGCCAGGGUCACAGAUCACCCCAAAACAGCUCUCUCGGAGCCAGCAGGAAAGAGCACUCAGGCAACAGACUCUUUUAUUUCGUCGGACUCAGUUUCCACAGCCGGCGGCACCCGAGGACCCAGCUCUGCCCUCAACGGCAAGCGGAGUACGCGUAUGUUAAAUAAGGCCAUUCAGGCAGGGGACUUUGAGAUUGUGAACAGCGCAACCAAGAAGCACACGCGAGACGUUGGCCUGACUUUCCCCACCCCGACAUCCAGCCAGGCGAGGUUUCAAGUUGACCUUGAGAGUGGAAUGGAAGACGAGGUGAACGGACGCAAUUCAGAGAGCAAGAGCAAACCGAGGAGGCAACCAAAUGGCUUCUUUGCAGAAAAACGGCCAGGGAAGAGCAAGUCUCAGUGGCCGCAAGGACUUUCCUGGUUUGUUCCCACGGAGGAAUUAAAGGCUGACCCCAAGAGAGGAGUUGCAUCCAUCAGUGUUCCUGAACCAGGUCCUUCGUGGUUUGAACCGCUGCCGAGCGGGAAGCCCUGGCGUGAGCCUCUCCGGGAGAAAAACUGGCAGGAGGAGGACCGUGGGGGCCUCCAGGUGCGUCUGGCGGUCCCAGCGAGAGACAUCGAGAAUAAUCCACCGUCGCCUUUUGUGAAAAUAACACUGCAGGAAGCUCUGGCGCUGCGCCGUCCCGAUUUCAUUUCUAGCUCUGGGGAGCGUGUGAAACGCCUCAAGCUCAUCAUAGAAGAAAGAAAACUACAGAAUAUGCUUCAGGGCGAGAGAGAAAACUUAUUUAAUCCUCCCGAACAGAGGAGAAGCUACAGGAAUUCAGUUUUUCUUCCAAACAGAGACUACCGGAUCAUACGGAGGAAAAGAGCAAUUUCCAAGAACGAAAUGGUGCAGAGAUCCAAACGUAUCUACGAGCAGCUGCCUGAGGUACGUAGAAGAAGAGAAGAAGAGAAGAGGAAAUCAGAGUAUUCUACAAAUCGUUUGAAAGCCCAGCUUUAUAAAACAAAGAUCACCAACCGCGUUUUGGGAAGAAAAGUACCCUGGGAAUGAUGGUGAAACCAGUCAAUCAAAAAGAAAGAAAAGAAAAGAAAAAAGCAGUAGCCUUCUGUUUCAAUAAAACCUAUUUGCACAUUGUGAGAUUUUCAGCACUUUCCCUGUGUAAGCCAAAAUUCUUGUGAACAGACUACGCAAUAAUUUUCUGGUUGUGCAAGGUUUGUUUCAUCAUUUUUAAAGAAUUUAUAGAUCCCUUUCUUAGCUAAUAGAGUUGUCUAUAUAUUUGAAAACUAGUGCAGAUUUUUAAAAAGAAUCCCAGUUUGUAUUAAUGUACUUGUUAAUUUCCAAAUCAAUGUAGUUAAAAAUAAUCUUUAAUACUAAUUAAAUCAAUGGAUAUGUGUAUGAGUGUGUAGAUGAUUUGUUUAUUUAUUUUUUGAUACUUGAUUUUUUGUGCUUUCUAAAUGAUUUAAUUUUUGCCUAUAUUUUUGUUUUUUUAUUACUAAAAAAAUUAUUAAAUAUCUUGAAGACUCUG